CCCUGCACACUACACUGGGACCAGUGAGUGACUCCGGAAAUGCUGCCCCAAUGGGAACUGACUCUUUACCUGCUUGCUUCCCUGGGCUUCCACUUCUACUCUUUCUAUGAAGUUUACAAAGUCUCCAGGGAGCAUGAAGAUGAACUGGACCAAGAAUUUGAGCUGGAGAUGGACACUCUAUUUGGAGGACUGAAGAAGGACCCGACUGACUUUGAGUGGAAUUUCUGGCUGGAAUGGGGGAAGCGGAGCCUGGUGUGGCUCUUUCUUGGCCAUGCAGCUGUGUCUCAGUUGGCCACACUGCUCGCAAAGAAGCACAGACCCUGGAUCGUCAUGGUCUAUGGAAUGUGGGCCUGUUGGUGUGUGCUGGGGGCCCCGGGCGUGGCCAUGGUCUUUCUCCACGCCACCAUCGCCUUCUGCGUGGCCCAGUUCCGGUCAGUGCUCUUGUCCUGGCUGUGUUCUCUCCUCCUGCUCUCCACCCUGAGACUGCCAAGUGUGGAGGAGGUUAAGAGGCGGUGGUACGAGACAGACAGUGAAUACUACCUGCUGCAGUUCACGCUGACUGUUCGCUGCCUGUUCUACACCAGCUUCAGCCUGGAGCUGUGCCGGCAGCCUGCGCCUGCGCCUGCCCAGCCGGGCUCUUCCUUCCCGUGGCUGCUGGCCUAUGUCUUUUAUUAUCCUGUCUUCCACAACGGACCCAUCCUCAACUUCCCGGAGUUCUUCAAACAGAUGCAGCAGCCAGAGCUCAGCUCUCCGAAGCAAAGCCUUUGCAUUCUAGCCAAGGGCCUGGGCCGCCUGCUCUGCUGGUGGUGGCUGGCUGAACUGAUGGUCCAUCUCAUGUUCAUGCAUGCCCUCCACAGCAGCCCCCUCCUGGAGAGCGUUUCCUGCUGGACCUUAGGAGGACUGGCCCUGGCCCAAGUACUCUUCUUCUAUGUGAAAUACUUGGUGCUCUUCGGUGUUCCGGCCCUGCUCAUGCGCCUGGACGGUCUCAAACCACCACCCCUUCCCCGCUGCGUCAGCACCAUGUUCAGCUUUACUGGGAUGUGGAGGUAUUUUGAUGUUGGACUACACAAUUUCUUGAUCAGGUAUGUGUACAUUCCCCUGGGCGGGUCCCAGCGUGGCCUGCUGGGAACACUGCUUUCUACCGCGAUGACAUUUGCAUUUGUGAGCUACUGGCACGGUAGCUAUGAAGACCUCUGGUGCUGGGCAACGCUCAACUGGUUGGGAGUCACCGUGGAGAGUGGAGCCCAGAGGCUGCUGGAGAGGCGCUGUGUCCGGGAGACCUUGACCCGGUACCUCUCCCCGCAAGCUCGCCGCCGGCUGCACGCUCUGCUCGCCUCUUGCUCGACCUCCAUGCUGAUCCUGUUCAACCUGGUGUUUCUUGGGGGGAUUCAAGUUGGCAAAACCUACUGGGACAGGAUCUUCCUGCAAGGCUGGCCGUGGGUGACCCUGUCUGUCCUGGGGUUCCUGUACUGUUAUUCACAUGUGGGUAUUGCCUGGGCUCAGACAUACACAGUUCUCUAAUGCUACUGGACUGGGUCAGCCUGGCUGUCAGCCUUCAAGGGACUUGGCAUUUUGACUGGACCUCUUACUCCGAGAGCAUCCCUGAAGGACACCUUCCACCCCAGGACCAUCCCUGGGGAUACCUUCCACUCCAGGACCAUCCCUGAGGACACCUUCCAUUCUGAGAGCAUCCCUGAGGACACCUUCCAUUCUGAGAGCAUCCCUGAGCGAUCACCUUCAAUUCUGAGAGCAUCCCUGAGCAAUCACCUUCCAUUCUGAGAGCAUCCCUGAGCGAUCACCUUCAAUUCUGAGACCAUCCCUGAGCAAUCACCUUCCACUCCAGGACCAUACCUGAGGACACCUUCCACUCCGAGACCAUACCUGAGGACACUUUCCAUUCUGAGACCAUCCCUGAGUGAUCACCUUCAACUCAUCUUCUGCUGAAGAUGCUUCAUUCAGAGCCUCACAUCUAUCUCUAUCACAGAAAAUGUACAACCUGAAAAUCUUCUAAUUCUGGAGCCUCAAAGAUUAUCUGCCUACCCCCAAUAAGCUAUCCAGUGCAUAAGCAGAGUUCGGAGCAGUCUGGGGUUCUUCCCAAUUACACAUGGUGACAUCUGUUCUAGAAACUACCGUUGAUCUGUUGAAAGGUUCAGCAUGGUGGAUACUUAUUGUCUAGGCAUGGACGAUAGGCCUGCCUCUCUGAGACAUUCCAUGAUGUUUUGGUGACCCCUUUCCAUGUUCUGCAACUGGGGACUCUGGACUGGCCUGCACAUAAUGGUCCUUAGCAGGGAGGCGGCAAAGCCAUAGCCAUGUUCCCGGUGGCCUGGCUAGCAUGGGUGAUGUACACGUGGAGGAUCCCAGGAAGUUCUGCAGUCUGAACUUUACUGGGGCUGCUGUUCUUCAAGACCUCUAGCCAUGGAGUCCCCCGACCCUUCUUUCUCAGCGGUUCUGUUUAAAACAGAACCCUUCUUUCUCAGCAUGGGAGUUUAAAAGCCAGAAGAUGGGUGCUCCCACAGACAGGUGCUAUUGGGCAAGUCCUCAGGAAGGGUGUUGGCCCAAGGUCCCACGUGCUAUGUGUGUUUUGC